AUGACGCGCGUGGACGGGCACCGGGAGGUGCGCCCGGCGGCGCUUCUAACGCCACCGAUGGCCCUACUGGUGUGCGAAGCAACUGGGCACCGGGCGCCGUGGAACUGGGCAGUUGGGUGCUGGCCGUGGGGACCUGUGGUGCUGCUGACGCGCGGGGCACCCGGUCCCCGGGCGACGCUAUCGGUGGUGCAGCUGGCGUGCAGAGUAGCUGGACACCGGACGACGCCACCGGAAGCGCUGCUGGCGCGCCGGCCGACGCCGGAGAGAGCAGUGACCGUGCGCCUUUCGGCGACCGGGGAGGCGUCGGCGAUGUUCACCUUCAGAAAAGAACUGUCCUUCAAUAAACAACGCAUUAUUGCACUCUUCAGACAAACACGAACAACAGAUUGGAUCUGCAAUCUCUUCAUCUUCCUGUUGCAUUAUAUGCUAGGGUACCAUGUGAAAGUCAUGCAUUCAGCCAGCUGUGCAGUUACUAUUUACCAGAUUUCAACGUCACCAAGCCCCAGCAAACCCCUCGCACUAGCCACCACACACACUGCAUCCUGU